AUGGCGUGUGUGGCGGCAGCUGGGGCCCUGCUGGUAGCACUGGAGCCCCCCUUGCUGGGGGCGCAGGGCUUCCAGGCACUUUGUGGGUCCCUGCAAGGUGGACGCGACCAGCGGUUGUUGAUGAACAGUCCAGAGCAGAGGAGGAAAUACCGCCUGCAGAAAGUGCUGGCACCGAUCCUGCGAGAAGUUGAGGAGGAAUUUAAUACCAAGUUUUUAUACGAAACUGAACGAGAAUCACCAAGCGUUAAGUCUAAGACAGUUGCACAAUGUGUGGAAUACUACUAUACCUGGAAGAAAAUCUUGCAUUUGGGACGGAAACACAGAACGCGCUUAGAGAAGAAAAGAGAUGAAUACUUGACAAGUGGAGAAGAGGAAGUGUUAGAGGAAGAUGAGGAGAUGGAAGAAGACAGAAAGGAAGAAAGGGAAAUGCAGAAGUCACCUGACCCACCAGCAAUCUCUCUUGUUGGACCUAUAGAUCUACCUGCUGUUCAGGGUCUUUCACUGUCUUCAUCCUCCUUCAUCUGUGAAAUGCCAAACUGUGGCGCUGUGUUCAGUUCCCGACAAGCGCUGAAUGGCCACGCUCGCAUUCACGGAGGUACAAACCAGGUGACAAAAACACGGUGCACCAUUCCCGGCACGAAGCAGAAAUCUGGUACACAGAGCAGAUACUGCUCCAUCAAGAGCUCACCUGCCCACAGCACAACAAGCGGCGAGACCGACCCAAUGACAAUUUUUCCUUGCAAGGAGUGUGGCAAGUUCUUUUUCAAAAUCAAAAGCCGCAAUGCUCAUAUGAAGAUUCACAGACAACAAGAAGAACAGCAAAGGCAGAAGGCAACGGUGCUUGGUGUAAUAUAACAUUCCCUACGGAUAUUACCCCGCAACAGGAAAAUUGGCAAAAUCACUCCUUUUGCUGUCACUCUAUAGCUCAAAAAGAAACAGACCCAGCCCCAGGUACAACAAUUCCUCGCCGAUUGCCACCCAGAAUCUUUUUAAUCUGUUGGGACAGAGCAUUCAGCGGCAUUCCUCAACGGCCCACCGGAGGCCCUUGCACGUUUGGGCGUCUCACAAUAGCACUCCCUAGCCAGAGCACUGUAUUAGGCCUAUAUAGCAAUACCAGCCAGGUAACCACCACACGAUGAAAGCGCUCAACCAUUGAUGCUUCCUGUGACGAUAACGUCAACUUGUUUAAUUGCGCGGAGCAAGUGGUUGCCUCUCAUUUUAUGCCCAGCCUUGCUGCAGGACAUGCUUGUUUUCAGUUAGAGAAGUUACAAUGUUGGGUAGGCAAGCGAGCCAAUGCCACGUCUGAGCUAUUAAGUUUACUGGCCACAGACAUAGACACCGUAAGACAUGCAACAUUGCAAAAUCGGGCAGCUAUUGACUUUUUAUUGUUGGCUCAUGGGCAUGGGUGUGAAGAUUUCGAAGGAAUGUGCUGUGUGAAUUUUAAAAUCAGUUCCGAAUCUAUUCAUAAGAAAAUUCAGCAUUUGCAACAACAUGUUCAGGUGUUACAGAGGGAUGAUACAUUUUUUGGAUUAUCAUUUGAAUCAUGGGGAAUCACGGGUUGGCUUAAAUAUUUGCAGCUUAUGAUAAUAGGAUUGUUAGUUAUAGUAAUUUUAAUGCUUGUAUUGCCGUGUGUAUUUCAGUGCUUGCAAAGGACUUUAAUGUCAAUUAUAGAACAAAAAUGGAACACAUCCUUGCUUGCUUAUAAAGAAAACAGGGGAAGUGGAGAGAGUUUAUCUGAAGAAUGGCUGCGCAGCAAGGGACACGACAUUUUUAAGUUGAUGAGAGUGUGAGAGUACGUGACUUUUAGCAUGAAAACUAUGCCCUUAAACAACAGAUGUCUCGUAACAACCUUGAGCAACAGAUGUCUCGUAACAGCCAGGAUGUGAAAUUGCUUGGUGUGCAGAAAGAUAAUUAAGUAUAAGGAAGCAGUAACCGCAAGGCUUAUCGCAAAAAGAUAUAUGUGUUAAUAGAAAGGUUACCAAUCCUGAGCUUCGCUUUUGCAAUAUGUAUGAGCUAAUUAGUGCUUGUAUAAAGAAACUGUGAUCGACUGCAAUAAACUGAGACUUGUUGAUCAUGAUAGCAUGA